AUGUCGACACUUUUCUGUUGUGGGGAAAUUCGACCCUAUCGACCACAAUACCUCCAACACGAAGCCAAGUUCACCAGAUUCAUGGCUUGGGCAGCUUACCCAAAGGACGUCACUUCCGAGAAGGCCGAGGUGAAUCUUGCCGAGCUCAAUCCCUCCUUCGCUGUCCAGCUUGUUCGCCAGGUGAACUACGGCGCCCUAGAGAGCAAGAGAUACUUCAUCCCCCAUGACGACGGGUUUAUGGAGAUCUCCGAGAACGACUUGAUUCAAGCCAACUUUCAGAAGUUGAACUCCUACAAGAACUUCAAGUGUGAAGGACAUAAUAAAUUCUUUGAGGUCAACAUCUACCAGAAGGACCCCGUCAAUCAACACCACUGGCGGGCGAAUCUCGCGCGCCCAGCAAGCACGAUUGAUCUGUGA